AUGAAGCCGACGACGAUCUGGCGGCCGAACGUCAGAGUGACCCUCGACGAGUAUGGCGAAGUCGAGGACACGGAGAGUGGUGGAGAGGAGGUGACGAAGCAGGGGGCGAAGCGGAAGAGAGGCCCUGCCACGAAGGGGCCGUGCGAGCACGGGGUGAAGCCUCGGUCGCGGUGCAAGGUGUGCAGCGCUUGUCCGCACGGGAAGCGGCGCUCUCAGUGCAAGGAGUGCGGUGGGGGCUCAAUCUGCGAGCACGGCCGUGUGCGCUCUUACUGCAAGGAGUGCGGUGGUGCAGGAAUCUGCGAGCACGGUCGUCAGCGCUCUCACUGCAAGGAGUGCGGUGGGUCUCAAAUCUGCGAGCACGGACGUGUACGCUCUCAGUGCAAGGAGUGCGGUGGGUCUCAAAUCUGCGAGCACGGUCGUGUACGCUCUCAGUGCAAGGAGUGCGGUGGGUCUCAAAUCUGCGAGCACAGUCGUCAGCGCUAUUAUUGCAAGGAGUGCGGUGGUGCAUCAUUCUGCGAACACGGUCGUCAGCGGUCUAUGUGCAAGGAGUGCGGUGGGGGCUCAAUCUGCGGGCACGGUCCACGGUCGUAG